AUGACAGCCACCACUGAUACUAAUGGUCAAGGCGGGGGCUUGUAUGGUAUCUACAAUGCUACCGAGUCCCUCCCAGCACUUGCUGCCUGCGCUCGGGGCUUCCUAUCAGAAAACUACGACUUCAUUGUCAUCGGCGGUGGUACGGCUGGUCUUGCUGUAGCUGCCCGUUUGACAGAAGAUCCUGAAGUCGUCGUUGGAGUACUCGAGGUCGGCAAGUCAAGACUUGAUGAUCCUCUCGUGGAUAGUCCUGCUGCUUUCGUACAAAUGUUAGGCAAUCCUGAAUAUGAUCAUUGUUUCAAAUCAGUACCGCAGCAACGUGGCAUUGAACAUCACUUGAGCAGAGGAAAAGCUCUUGGAGGCUCGAGUGCCAUCAACUAUAUGAUGUACGUUCGAGGAUCUGAUGCAGACUACGAUGACUGGGCAACUCUCGUCGGAGAUUCUGGCACGAUCAACUCACCACAAAUCUUGGAACUUUCUGGUAUUGGUGAUCCUGAAAUCCUCAAACAGGCUGGCGUUGAGUGUAAGGUUGAGCUUCCUGGCGUCGGCAGGAAUCUUCAGGAUCAUGCUGUUACUGUCCUUGGUCUGGAGCUCAAGCCUGGUAAUAUCACUUCCGACAUUAUGGGCGACCCAGACACGAUGGAAGCAGCCACACGCGCUUACGUCGAGCAUCAACGAGGACCGCUGACCUCCGUAAGUGGCACACAAGGUUUCCUUCCCUACAAGGCUGUCGUCUCCCCCGACAAUCUCGAAAAGACCGUCAAGAGCAUUCGUGAGAAGCAGAGUGCCUCCGACACCACACCCUUCUACAAACAGCAGCUGAACCAAGUGAUUGCGCAUCUUGAAAGCGACAAGUCUGCAAAUUUGCAGUAUAUUCUGAUACCCGCUGGAGCAGACUAUACUGCAGAGGGCCUCCGCACGCAGAAAGUGUGGCCUCCACCUGAUAACACAAGGAAUCACCGCAUGGUCUUAGGUCCGGCUCUGCAGUAUCCUGUUUCUCGGGGCUCGUGCCAUAUCAAGAGUGCUGACCCAUCAGUUCACCCAAUUAUUGAUCCUGCAUACCUAAAACAUCCCGCCGACGUUGCAGUCCUUGCAGCCGGCCUCCAUUUUAUGCACAAAACAACCAAGACCAAGCACCUUGCUCCACUAAUUCAGAGUCGUACCUACCCAGCCGCAUCGAGAGAUCUUGACAAGGCUGCAGACCGUGAAGAAGCCGUCAAAGAUUGGGUCAUGGGCGAGUAUCAUCUCAUCGGUACCUGCGCAAUGGGAGAAGUUGUGGAUAGCAGGCUCAGGGUCAAGGAUGUUCAAGGGUUGAGAGUGGUUGAUGCAAGUGUGUUCCCGAACCACGUCAGCGGGAAUAUCUGCAGCAGUGUAUAUACUGUGGCAGAGAAGGCUGCUGAUCUCAUCAAAGAGGACUGGGGUAUCGCAAUCGAUGCGCCGGACAUUGCCAAGGUGAAGCUGUGA